CAGAUUCUGGUCAUGUCACCAGGAUGGAUUAUUAACCUGUUUUUGCUGGUGCCUUUGUGGGCGGUGGCUGACGCCAGUGAGAAUGCAUCUGAAGAUAUAAUAACAUUAUUUGUGGAAGGAAUGUACACCCGGGACAAGGCGCUGGCUCGGGCUAUCGAAAAAGCGGUACGGUCUCAUGUAUAAGCAGAGCCUUUCUAGUGCAUCAUGGCUGUGUCUCUGCACAUUAUUUGAUCUCAUGUCUUGUUGCAAGUUGGUUUAAAGAAUAUCCUCUUAUCCUUUGAAAGUCUAAUAGGAGAUCAACAUGUAAUGUUCGCGCAUAUGUGAUGCAUUUCGUCCAGGCUCACUUGAUGACUAGAUGGAAAGAGUACACUCGCGCUGCCGCAAUCUACAGAGGUCACAGACAAUGAGUUAAUACCGAACUGUGCAACCUCUCACACUCAUACCUCCAAGCCGCUAGAAUUCUAGGGAGCACUUGUGAGAUCCCACAAGCUCGCGUCACGACGCACGAAUUCAAUUUGAUAUUACUCAAUGUCACCUGAUCAUAGAACGAAGAGAAUGCCUUGGUGAA